AAUUUUGUGUCAAAAUUGUUAAAAAUUAAAAAAUCGAGGAACUAAAUUUAUAACUUAUUGUCAUUUAAUACAUCCAACAAUGCAAAACUGUUAGUUUAGUUAAAAACUAACAAAUUAAAGCAGACAAUGGAGUAUAGCCACAUAAACAACAAGCAUGGGCCUUUCUUGGCUCUGGACGGUUCACCACAUGCUUAUCACGUUGAAAGGCCUUUCUCUUCCUGCCCAUUGGCUUGCUUGGGUUCUAAAAAUAGAGUCUCCAUUGAUUCCAAUUCUGACUUUGAUUCUGAUUCUUCCAUGUUCUUCAAAUGACAAGGUGUUUCUUCUUCAGUAUCACAGAGACCAAAAAUUGGUGCCAUCGUUAUAGCUUCAUCAAAUCCGGCCUCCGAUCCACCGUUACAGAUCUCAAAGACGGCACCACAGUCCAUUGUUGGGUCCCCAACAACCCAAUUCACACCAAACCCAAUCUCCUUUUAAUCCAUGGCAUUGGAGCUAAUGCACUUUGGCAAUGGGGGGAUUUCAUUCCAGCCCUCGUACCUCAUUUCAAUCUCUACAUCCCCGAUUUGAUCUUCUUCGGCGACUCGUUCACCACUCGCCCGGACCGGACAGAGUGGUUUCAAGCUCAGUGUCUAAUCCGAGUUAUGGAAGCUAACUCGGUGGUGAAACUCAGUUUGGUUGGGCUUAGCUAUGGAGGAUUUGUUGGGUACAGUAUCGCGGCGCUGCGCCCUGAAAUGGUGGAGAAAGUGGUGAUUUGUUGCUCUGGGAUUUGUGUGGAAGAGAAGGAUUUCAAAGAUGGCUUGUUGAAAGUCUCUGAUUUGGAGGAAGCCACAGCCAUUUUGGUGCCACAAAAACCAGAUAAGCUUAAACAGUUGGUGGGUUACUCGUUUUUCCGGCCGCCGCCAUUGCGGUUGAUGCCUUCUUGUUUGCUCAAUGAUUUCAUUGAGUCAAUGUGUUUAGACCAUAUUGAAGAAAAGAGAGAGCUCAUUCGAACUAUUCCCAGAGGAAGAAAGCUUUCAGACCUUCCCAAGAUUCACCAGCGGACGAUGAUAAUGUGGGGAGAACAUGAUCAAGUAUUUCCAUUAGAAUUGGGUCACAGAUUGAAAAGGCAUUUAGGGGCCAAUGCUACGCUUGUAGUUGUCAAGAAUGCAGGCCAUGCCUUCAACUCAGAGGAGCCAAAGGAGUUUCUCAACCAUUUGAUUUCUUUUCUGGUUGAUUCAUAGCCUUACCUCCUCAUCCCUCGAUGUUUCCGCAGUUCAAAUUCACAAACGACAUCAUCAAGAAAAAUAAGAUGAACAACAUCAAAAGCUAGAGUGAUCAAACGAUCAGUAACAAGAGAAGAAACAUACCUUGACCAUAGCUCAAUUGGUACACUAAAGAAUUAAAUUUCUUAAAGGAAUUUUUUAUAUUUGCCAUUUUGUCUCUUAAUUCCAAGAAGUUCUAGACUCCGAAAUCUUUAACCAUAAAAUGUGUCCCAUGUCCCUCAACUUACAAGAUUUAAGGUGUACCUCUCUUGUACUAUUAUCGUGUCUAUUUUAAUGU